AUGGUUUGCUUAGUUUGUUUGGUUCCCCUCUUUCUCGUCCCAAUCGUCAACUUUCUUCCUCUAGUCUUCGAUUUUCUCAUGGGGAAAAUCUAUGCUGUUUUUGGUUGGGAGUAUAGGAAACCAGAGAGAGCUCCUCCAGCAUGUCCAAUCAAGCCUUCAAACAAAACUAUUAGUAAAGACAAGGCAGAUACUGGACCAUCCCCGACAGGACCCGCUAAACCUGAAAGUGUAAAUGUCAAACAGGAUUAA